AAAAGCUGAAAAACAACCUCAAAUAAUUAGUGAUGAUGAUUUAUAUAAUUAUUCUUAUAAUGAAGAUGAAACACUUAAUGAUAUUUUAAAUAGAGAAGAUAGUGAUAUUACUGUUCAAAGUAUUGAAUCUUCUAUAGCUUUAACUUCAAAUUCAAAUACUUCUUCUUCUAAUAUUUUGAAUGAAACUAUUUCAAAUACAAAUACUUCUUCUAAUAUUUUAAAUGAAACUAGUUCAAAAAAACUUAGAAAAAAAGGAACUAGUUGGGUAUGGAAAUAUAUGGAAAUUUGUCAAAAUAAAAUUAUAUGUUUAGAAUGUCAAAAAAAUUUGCCUUCUAAUCAAACUCAACCAACAUCUUUUCAACUACAUACUGGAACUAGAAAUAUGAAUCAGACCGACCCUUACCCAAACAACCAACAAUUACUGACCUAA